AUGUCGGAAACGGGUUAUCGCGCUGGACGAAAAAUCCAAAAGACAAAGGAGGCAGCUGGUCUCAAUCCGGUCGUUUCACCGAGUGCUCCAUGUCCCAUUGAACCCAGCGAUGCUCAACUUGCGGUCGCUGCUCCUACUGGGUCUAGGCUUUCCUUGGUUUCGGGAAUACCUGCUUCGAGCAACCCAAAUGUGAAACGAUCUGCCGGGUCCUCUCGCGCAUCGUCAUCGAAACUAACUGCCCCGACCGCUUUGGUCAUUGGCGAUACUGAUGAAGUAAAUCAACCAGGUCGGAACAAGAGAAAGAUUUCAGAGACUGGGGUUAAAACCCGGAGUGGAGCGAAGAAGCUACGGUAUUAUUGGGACUUCGAGUUCAACUCCAACUACUUAAUCACAGAGGAUGCCACAUCUACGGCUCAUUUAUUCAGACACUUUAGGAAGCCAGGGUGCAGGCUUCCACCGUUCAACAGGCUAGCUCAAGAAGAUAUCGAGAAUCAUCACAGCUUUGCGUCGUACGCUGGACAGCUUAACUCCGCCUACAAUCGGACUAUUGACUCAUACGAACGUCGCCUCCAGAGUGUUCCUCCCCCAGUUGAUCCUUCAGAGGCAAAUGCUGCUACCACUGCCCUUAACGCUGAGCUUGAGAAUUUGCGUGCUGCAGCAACAGAGAGUGCUGAAGCCGUAAAGCUUUCUGAGGAGCGUCUCACUAGGGUUAGGGCCUUAGAGUUCAAGUUACGAGAAGCUGAGAUUUCUCGAGACGAUUAUAAGGGGAAACUUUCUGUUGCUAGCAAUAUUUUGAUCGAACUAACCAAUGACAAAGAGUCGUUAAAGUCUGAACUUGGCGAAAUCGAAGCCAAAUACAAAUUGCUUUUUGAUAGCCGUGAGUUAGACGUGACGAACGSUGCUCGCGAYGCCAAGAACAAAAUUGYCUCGAYAUGCAAAGAUAUACUUMGYCAAGURAAGUUACACUUGGCAGGGAGAGAUGCUGUACGCGGGCCUCUUGUCAUGGCUUCCGAGACGAAAGCUAACUACGAGCUCCUCGAGGAAAUCGUUAAAGGCGAGAUCGUGGAAGCUGAAGAGAAACUCUCCGAAGCUGAGGUAAGGAUUCCACCUCUUGAUCUGUCUCUGUUGGAGCGUCUCGUGUCCGGUUCUACUCUUGGGCCCGAGACAGCUGUGGAGUUCAUUUCGUCAACUCUCCCCUUUAAUUAA